AUGCAUGGUUUGAUAUUCCAUAAGUUAAUUGGAGAUGGUGAUAGUAGUGUUCAUCAAAAACUUCUGGAAGCUCGACCUUAUGGAACCCUUUUUAUUCAAAAAAUUGAGUGUCGCAAUCACAUGAUGAGGAAUUUUUCAAAGAAGAUCCGAGAAAUUUGUGAGAGAAAGCGAAGUAAUUCAAAAAAUCUGCCGGUACCUCCAGGCCUAAGAAAACUUGUCGAAAGCAAUGCCCGCAGACUACGCACCUCAAUUAAAUCUGCUACGAUGUUCAGAAUUCGAGAAGAAACUUCAUUCGCCCAAAAAAUUGAAAACCUCAAGAAAGACCUCAAGAAUGCUCCAUCACAUGUAUUCGGACAGCAUGAAAAAUGCCUGGAGAUAGCAUAUUUCAACUGUUCUCCAAAGGUAGAUGAAGUUGAUCAUAUCCCCAGCAUGAGAGCAUGUGGUUUACUGGAUGAUAUUGAAGUAUGUAUCAACCGAUUAGUUUUCAAUGCAUCCAGUUUGAUAUUGGACAUGGAUACCAAUAUCGCUGAACAAUACAACAGCAUAAUUUGCAAGUUUGUUGGCGGUAAAAGGAUAAAUUUCUCUCGUAAAAGAUCAUAUGCAACACGUUGUAAAGCUGCUGCAAUAUCAUUCAAUUCUGCUGGGGAAUAUUAUGAUGUUGUUAAUAAACGCCGAGUUCCGUUUUAUACCAAGAAAUUCAUAGAAAAAAUGAAAAGGAGACGUGAACUUCAGAAAAUCAUAAGGCGGAAGAAUAAAGACCUCCCACCAAAAUCAAUGAAAAAACAUGCCCUGCCAGAUAAGGAUUAUGGCCCAGAUGCUGUUCCUGAUCCUGAUCUACCUACAGAUCAAUUCGAACGGAAAAAAGAAGAAUUUUUAAAUUCAUUGAAAAAAACUCCUGAAGAGAUUAAAAUUAUUGAACAAAAUACGAGAGGUCAAUCUGGUAAUCCUUUAUGGCAACAGGAAAGAAGUAUACGGUUAACAGCAUCAAAUUUUGGUGACAUUUGCAAGAUGCGAAAAACAACAUCGUGUGCCAAUAAAGUAAAAAACCUGCUUUAUUCUACCUUUGGUGGGAACAUUAACACCAAAUACGGAACCGAGCAUGAACCAUUCGCAAUUCGACAAUUGGAGAAUGAUUUUAAUGUCAAGGUUGAAACUUGCGGAAUGUUCGUUGAUGAACACGAUUUUAUUUUUGGAGCCAGUCCUGAUGGGUUGAUAGGAGAUAACGCAAUUGUAGAGGUGAAGUGCCCCAAAACUGCCUCAAAGAUGCAUCCCAUUGAAGCUAUUGAGAAAAAAAUAAUUCAAUUUUGUACUCUGGAUGAGAAUACACACAUGCAGCUGAAGCAUAAUCAUAAUUAUUAUUAUCAGGUUCAAGGGCAGCUACACAUAACUCAGCGCUCCUUGUGUUAUUUUGUUGUUUGGACUCCGUUAGGCAUUUUAGUUGAAAUGGUAGGUUCUGAGAUUGAGAUCUCAAAAUAUGUGAAAACAAAACGAAAAAAUUGGUUUCCAUAUAUAUUUUGUUUGCCUUUAGCAUAA